UUUUUUUAAAACUUUUAUAUCCAUUUUUCUAUUAAAUAUUGAUCUUAUGAUAUACUAUAUUAAUUAUGUCAUGAUAAUAAAUAUUAAUAUUGCAAAAAAAAAAAGGAUUAAUUAUAAUGGAGUAGUUUCAAGUAUCUCGGAAAACAAAUAUUGCAUCAAAUAUCAACACUCUUAUGUUCACUUGGCAAUCAUCUUUUGUCGAUUGUGCAUCCAUCAUCCAUAAACGUCUUCUUUCGAGAGAAGGUAACAGACGUAUUUAUCGUUCGCGGAUUUUUAAGUAAAAAAGAAAAAAAGAAAAAAAGAAAAUACAAUUUAUACGUUAUAUUUAAAAAAAACUUUAAACAAAAAAAGAAAAAAAUACAUCAAAGAUACAAGGCUGAAUCUUUUAAUAGUGAGAUUUAUGCCAAGUAUGAAAAGAUUUUUCAAUUUUUGAUAUCACGAAUUGGCAUUUACUCUUUGAUCGAAUACGAAUUUUUUAUUUUAAGAAGCAAAAAAUGUUUCAAGAACGUUUUUUGACGGUUUUGUUCGGCGCAGUAAUGUCGUUUUUGAAUACCCAAAACGAAAAAUUCAAAGUAAAUAUUCCAGCUACUUGGAACGUGGUGCCAUCGUUAGAGACAGAUCAAAAAAUCACCGUGGACCACACUUCCAGCCCGAAAACGGAAGUGACCGGGAUCGAUAAGGGUCUGCAAAUCUCAGACACGAAGGUGUCGACGAAGACGAUGGAGCAAACGAGUCCUGCAGACGCGGCACGCGAUAAAAGAUUCGAUUUCGUCAUAGACAAUGGGAAAAACAUUAAUAUUGUCAUGAUCAUUGCUGAUCCUGGCCAGGAUCAGGAGGAAUUCUGGAAGAACUUCAAGGCUUCUCAUCUCUUCUCUGUAGAAGGAAUGCUUCAAAGUUGUAACAACAAUCAAGUGGACAAGAUUCAAUCAAGAUUCUCACUGGACGAUGCACUGAUUUCUGCUAACAGAGACAAGAAACACGAUUGUGAGCACAUGUUGCGUUCAAACAUUGCGUCAUUAUUGCUUUGGACACGAGACGUUAAAGGAAUGACUACAGGAACAUUGUCAAAUGGGAAUUUCACAAUUCCAUCCUUAUUUGGAUUCGAAGAAACUGUAGGGCUUUCGAAAGAGUUCGACGAAAUUGAAGAGAAUAACAUGAAACCAGAGAUUCACAAGCUCAAACCGGAAAUUCGUGACUGGCACGUGAUCGACGUAGCAAAACCAACCAAUCGUGUUUCCUCAUUUAUGUCUACGCAAAGCAAUCGAGAAGAUGACGAAGCUGCAUGGAACGUGUUCGACAUGUUCUCGAAGAUAAGGAUGGUCCUGUUCCGUUCGUUGUUGGAAUCUCUUGGAAACGUUGGCGCCUCUGAGGAACCCAUUCCGUCUCGCAGAGCGCAUUUCCUUCGAUCCAAUUUAAUAGACAUGGUCGAGGAAUUGAAAUCGGUUGAAAACGAAAAAGGUUUCAUAUUGGUCGCCUCAGUACCUGCCUCUGAAGUUAAUUCUGCGUUGGAAACUCUACAACGUGAAGCACAGGAUACUCUUGUUAUCAUAACUGGAGUCUGCACACACGAUGGCAAGCCUGUGCCAUAUUUUGCCAGAGGUCCAUCCGCCAAAGUAAUUCGUGAGGCGACGAAAAUUUGGGAUAUUCCCAAUGCAAUCAGAAAUGUUAUCGCGAAUGGUUGUCAGGACUGCAAAAAUCGUCGACACGAUGCUUCUUCACCUCCAAUUGCUCAGUUGAAGAUAGUUCCCCAUAACUUGGCCAAUUUGAAGAGAUCUUUGCGAGACACUGUUAAAAAAACGGAUGACGACAAGAAAUUGAUUGAUGCUCCAGUUAAUAAGAAUGAAAUUAUUAAAACCGUUGCUGAUUUAAAUGCGAAGGAAGAAACAAAGAACGAAGAUACAGAUUUAUUGCCGAAAUUGGACACAAAUUCAGCAAACUUCAAAAUGGCGGACAAAUUUACCACAAUUUUAGGUAUAAUACUCUCGAUGGUUGGCGCAUUCACACUCACCUCUUAAAGAAUAUGUCGAUUUAAUUAAUCGACUGAUCUUCGACUUCUUUAUUUUUAUAGAAGCUAUUUGAAAUUUUUCUUGAGUAAAAAGUAUAAUAUUGAAGUUAUAAUUUUGAUUUCUUUGUGUGAAAAUAUAUACGAUUGAUUUUGAAGAUAAAAGUGAU